CAUCAACAGAAGAAGAAGUGAAAGCGGAAGAGAAACAGCUGCGUCCCCUGCUGGCUGGUAGCAGCGAUGACGACGAAACGGAAUAAAUGGAGACAACAAACUGCACAUGACACGUUUAUCCUGCGCAACUGAGUUGUCAAAAGUGGCGGUGGGCGGAGCCUCCGAGCAGCCGUGAUGGAGGACACACAGGAAGACGUGUCCUCGGACCAGAACAGCCCCUCCCUCUCCGUCAGCUCCUCCCCCUCCCAGUCCCUCCCCUCCACCCCCUCCUCCUCCUGCGGACCCCCCCCGCCCGCCACGCCCCCCCUGGGCGUCAUCAGCGAGGGCGUCAGCGAGCUGAGCCUGGUCAUCGACGCCGAGGUGGCCCAUCGGGCGUGUCAGGAAGUGCUGCAGAAGGUGAAGCUGCGGCAGGUGGACGCCGACCCCGCCCAGCGGCAGAACGGGCCGGGCUCAGGCCACGCCCCCCCCGUCAAACCGCCGCAGAUCCGGGAGGAGGACGGCGGCCCGGGGGGGCCUGCGCCGGGGUCGGUGAAGAGCGCCCGGCGGCGGCAGAGACACAACCCCUCCAAGCAGUCGUGGCUGCUGCGCCUGUUCGAGUCCAAGCUGUUUGACGUUUCCAUGGCGAUCUCCUACCUGCACAGCUCCAAGGAGCCCGGCGUGCAGGCCUACAUCGGCAACCGCCUCUUCAGCUUCCCCCACGACGACGUGGACUUCUACCUGCCCCAGCUUCUCAACAUGUACAUCAACAUGGACGAGGACGUCGGCGACGCCAUCAAGCCCUACGUGGUGCACCGCUGCAGGCAGAGCAUCUCCUUCAGCCUGCAGUGCGCCUGGCUGCUGGGAGCGUACUCCUCCGACAUGCACAUCUCCGCGCAGCGCCACUCCAGAGGAACCAAACUCAGGAAGCUCAUCCUGUCAGACGAACUCAAACCCUCGGGGCCCCGGGCCCGCCGGGAGCCGACUCUGACCCCGUUCUGCCCGGCGGCGUCCCCCGGGGGCCCGGCGGCCGAACACGGCCUGUCUCCGUCCAAACGGACCCACCAGCGCUCCAAAUCUGACGCCACGGUCAGCAUCAGUCUGAGCAGCAACCUGAAGAGGACGGCUAGCAACCCAAAGGUGGAGAGCAGUCAGGACGAGGACAGCGGCUCCAGCUCCGACAGUCUGGAGUUGGAUUCUGGUCCCCCGGUGCGCCUGGCUCCUCAGCGGGAGUUCAUGAAGUCUCUGAUGGGGAUCGGGAAGCGUCUGGCCACGCUGCCCACCAAGGAGCAGAAGACCCAGCGUCUGAUCUCCGAGCUGUCGCUGCUCAACCACAAGCUGCCGGCGCGGGUGUGGCUGCCCACCGCCGCCUUCGACCACCACGUGGUGCGCGUGCCGCACACGCAGGCCGUGGUGCUCAACUCCAAAGACAAGGCUCCCUACCUGAUCUACGUGGAGGUUCUGGAGUGCGACAACUUCGAGACGUCCAGCGUUCCCAUGCGGAUCCCGGAGAACCGCAUCAGAAGCACGCGUUCUGUGGAGAACCUGCCCGACUGCGGCCUGAUGCUGGAGCAGCGAGCCGGGAGCCUCUCUGUCGUCCCCAACUACGACAACGACGACGAAGCCUGGUCUGUGGACGACAUCGGAGAGCUGCAGGUGGAGCUCCCAGACGGCCACACCAACAGCUGCGACAACAUCAGCCAGUUCUCGGUGGACAGCAUCACCAGCCUGGACAGCAAGGAGCCCGUCUUCAUCGCUGCUGGAGACAUCAGGCGCCGCCUGUCGGAGCAGCUGGCUCAGGCCCCCACCACCUUCAGACGGGACCCGGAGGACCCGUCGGCCGUGGCGCUGAAGGAGCCCUGGGAGGAGAAGGUCAGGAGGAUCAGGGAAGGCUCUCCUUACGGUCACCUCCCAAACUGGAGGCUGCUGUCGGUCAUCGUCAAGUGUGGAGAUGACCUGAGGCAGGAGCUGCUGGCCUUCCAGGUGCUGCAGCAGCUCAAGUCCAUCUGGGAGCAGGAGCGCGUGCCGCUCUGGAUCAAGCCCUAUAAGAUCCUGGUUCUGUCUGCGGACAGCGGCAUGAUCGAGCCGGUGGUGAACGCCGUGUCCAUCCACCAGGUGAAGAAGCAAAGCCAGCUGUCUCUGCUCGACUACUUCCUGCAGGAACACGGCGCUCAGACCACCGAGGAGUUCCUCACCGCCCAGAGGAACUUUGUCCAGAGCUGCGCCGGCUACAGUCUCAUCUGCUACCUGCUGCAGGUCAAAGACAGGCACAACGGGAACAUCCUGCUGGACGCCGAAGGACACAUCAUCCACAUCGACUUCGGCUUCAUCCUGUCCAGCUCUCCCAGGAACCUCGGCUUCGAGACGUCCGCCUUCAAGCUCACCGCCGAGUUUGUGGAUGUGAUGGGGGGUCCAGAUGGAGACAUGUUUAACUACUACAAGAUGCUGAUGCUGCAGGGUCUGAUCGCAGCCAGGAAGCACAUGGACCGAGUGCUGCACAUAGUGGAGAUCAUGCAGCAAGGCUCCCAGCUGCCCUGCUUCCACGGCUCCAGCACCAUGCGAGGCCUGAAGGAGCGUUUCCACAUGAGUCUCACAGAGGAGCAGCUGCAGCUGCUGGUAGAUCAGCUGGUGGACGGAUCGAUGCGGUCCCUCACCACCAAACUGUACGACGGCUUCCAGUAUCUCACCAACGGCAUCAUGUGACCUCAGCCGCCUGGCGGGUCGUCACGAAGCUUUUAGAACUUCCUCUUCUUUUAUUCCAGCUUUUUGUUCGUCUUGUUUUCCUUUACAAGUUUUCUCCUCUUUGUCGUCUUUGAUCUACGUCCUCCUCUUCUUUGUUUUCCAUCGUUGAGCAGAGACCUUUCAUUGGCUGUUCAGCAGGACUUUUGGCCAAUCAGAGAUCAGCUCAGUUUUAGUUCAACUGUGAACGACGAGCAGGUGGUUUCCAGUAACCAGCGGACCACAGUGUGUUUUCCAUGACUAACUUCUGUGAACCAGUUUGUGUUUGAGCCAUUAAAACCAUGCAGGGUCCACCUGCAGAGCCUC